CUAGGAAUUUUGACAGAGACAAAAAUUGGUUUCUUUGGUUUGGGGUUUCUUUGGUUUGGGGUUUCUUUGGUUUGGGGUUUCUUCUUCUUCUUCUUUCUUAUGUCUUUUUCUUUUCUUCAAUUUGGUUUGCAACUUUGAAUUGAGAAAAGGGUUUGAAGGGUUUUUUUGUGUUGUUUUGAUUUCUAGUGGUGUUAUUGUUGGAUGGGAUUUAGUUUCAGUCGCCAUGAGGAAGUCAUUCAAGGAUUCCUUUAAAGCUCUUCAAGCUGAUAUUCAACAUGCAAAUAGCUUGGCUUCAUUUUAUCCGAGAGAAUAUGAUGGUGCUUACAUUCAGAUGAGAUUAUCAUACAGUCCAGCUGCUCGCUUAUUCCUAUUUUUUAUUCAGUGGGCCAAUUUCAACCUCGCUGGUGCCCUUGGAUUACUAAGAAUCUUCAUUUACAAGGCUUAUGUUGACGGAAAAACUACCAUGUGCAUACAAGAAAAAACAGCUAGUAUUAGAGAAUUUUACGCUGUCAUCUUUCCCUCUUUAUUGCAACUUGAAAGAGGAAUAAGUGAUGCCGAGGAUCAAAAGCAGAAGGAAAUUUGUGCUACCAAAUACAAGAAACAGGUCAAGACGGACACAUCCAAAAUGUCUGAGAUUGAUCUAGAAAGAGAAGAGGAGUGUGGUAUUUGCAUGGAGAUGAACUUUAAGGUUGUCUUACCCAAUUGCAACCACUCGUUGUGUAUGAACUGCUAUCGUGAUUGGCAUGCACGGUCUAAAUCGUGCCCAUUCUGUCGUGACAGUCUUAAAAGAGUAGGCUCAGCAGACCUUUGGAUAUUCACGGACAGCCGUGAAAUUAUAGACACAUCUUCAAUGUGCAAAGAAAAUUUAAAGAGGCUAUUCAUGUAUGUAGAUAAGUUACCUGCUGCUCUUCCGAAUCCUCAUGUAUGUAUUUCCGCUUAUGAUUCUUCUCGUCAACUCAAGUGAGAAAUGGUUGUUUUCAAGUAAUUGCAAGCAACAAGUUGUAAAUAGAAAAUCUUUCUGUACAUAGAAAUGAAAAUUACGAUGAUUUAUUGAUUUGCUUUGGUACUGAUUUAUGGAACAAACAUUUGUAUAUACAAAUUGUAACAUCUAUAUUGAUUUGCUUCUCUACUCUAUA